CAGAACCUGGGCAAGGCAAUGGUGGGCGUACACCAAAUGUUCUUCCCGCCAACCAUUCCCUGACAAAGUUGGGGUUGAAGCAAGUUGGAAGGAGAGCGCGACUCCAGCCUGAGGGAGCUUCCCACCAUGAGCAGAAAGGCAAAACGCGGGCGCGGCAAGGAGCAGGAGGCUGUAGACGACCUGCUUCAUACCCUAUUGCAUGAUGGAGGGGCCAGCGGCCUUCCGCUGGCAGCCGAUGCCCCAGGCACCUUGGCGGACGCCUCUCUCACAAACGUCGACCGCCUGCUCGAUCGUGUCGGGACAAGGCGCAAAGCGGCCGAGGAGAGGAGGGCAGCAGCAGAGUUGGCUCAGGGGGGGCGUAAGCGGAAGCAGGCGGGAGACGACCACCCGCUCUUCUUGCAGAAUGGCUCAGGGAGGGCACUUAAGCGCCGGACGGCCGCUUCCAACGAUCCCGCCUGUGGCGCCCCUGCUCAGACUGCACAUAACCUUGAACACGGAGUAAAGGAGAGGGUUGGUGAUUUGGCAGACGGUUUAGAGUCGGAGGGAAGGUUGGAGACAGGCACCGGGUUUGUAGACGGAUUAAAGUCCGGGAACGGAAAUGGGUUGGGACAUCUUGCAGGAGAGCCUGCGAUUGAAGGAUGGCCUGAGGGGAGUUUUCAGGAAGGGUUAGAGGACGAGUUAGGAGCCGGGUUACGGGGAGCAAGUGGGUUACGGAACAGGUUAUUGGGAGACGCAACAGAGGAGACGGGGGGUGGCAAAUCUUCGGUUGAGCAAACCUUGCUUCUGGAGGAGAGAGUAUCAUUUAAGAGCGGGGCCCUGGAAACGGAAGAGGAGCACUGGGAAGAGGGCUUUGGGCAUGGGGCGCCCUCCACAACAGGGCCUUCCGGAUUAACCUUUGCGAGUUGGUCGGGGCAGGUAGCGAUCGACACCGGGGACGAAGAAGAGGGGUUAGGCAAACCGCGCGCGAAACCCGCCCUGCGACGAGCCACCGCCCGUGACAAAGAGUUUGCCGCUCUAGUCCACAAAGCGCAUCUCCUGUGCCUCCUCGCCCGGGGAACGAGGUUCGACGGGGCGAGCGACGACCCCCUUCUGCAAGCCUCGCUGCUGUCUUGCGCUCCGGAAGCCCUCGGGAACCUGUCUCAGAAGGGUGAUGUCAUCAAGGGCCCGGAGUUGGCUCCCCUGGUCGAAUGGUUUCAGGAGCGGUUUCGGAUCUCGGAGGGGGCCGAAAGAAAGAAUGGGAACGAGGGGGUGGAGUUGAGUGGGUGGGAGUCGGACGCAGAGCGGUUGCAGCGAGUACUGGAGUUGAAAGUAGGGACGACGGAGGAGCUGACGGCGCUGUUUGUGGCACUAUGCAGAUCGCUAGGGCUGACAACGAGGUACGUGUCCGUUUUGGACGUCACCCCCCUGAAACCUGACGCCGCCUCCCUAGACGCCUCUCUCGAUUGGGAUCCGGACGUCGAAGAGGAGGGGUCGUCAAUUCCGUACGCUCGGGGGGGGCCCGCGCUGGCCCAGAUGCUGAGGCAGCUUGCCCCCCCCGAAAAGACGAUCAUUACGACCGGGUUGCAAAAUUUCAAAGCCCCCGUGCAGAAUGUAUUCAAACCAGGCGCGACGGGGCAUUUGAAUGGGUUGGAAGGGAAGGGGGGAAAAUUGAUGAACGGUGGGGGAAAGGGGAAGAAAAGUACGGGUUGGAAUGGGUCCGCGAAAGUAGUCGAUGCUGGGGCUUCGAAAGCAAAGGGCUCUACUGCCGGGGGGGUGGCGAAAGGAGAUUCUAAGAAGGGGGGGAGGGGCAAGAAGCGGGUAAAGGAAGAAGAAGAAGAAAUUGGUGGGCACGGGGGGAUAGUGAAGAUCGAGGAUUUAACGGAGGAAGAACAGAUGGCGCAGGCGAUAGCCGCGAGCUUAGCGGAGGAGAUUGCAUCGCCUAAAGGCAGUUCGAACGGGAAGAGGCGAAAGAAGGGUGUGAAGGAAGAAGUGGGAUCGGUGAAAGAAGAGUCCGCGGCCGAGCGGCGGAGAAAAGGCGACGCGGAACUAGAGAUGCAACUCCAAGUCGCAAUGGCCGCUACCGCGAUCGAGGCCGCUAUGAAGUUGCCGAGCACGCCCGAAACCCCGUCAGCUUUAUCGCGGCUCGCGAAAGGAGAGGCGCCUUUGAAAGGCGCGAAGAGUUUGUCAAACGGUAAGGGGUUCGGUUCGGAUGCUGGCGCGGUUUGGUCUCGCAGAAGAGGGCCGACUUUGCACUGGGCUGAGGUAUACUGCGGGGGCGGAAAAGAAGGGGGGCGAUGGGUCCACGUGGAUCCGGUUAGGGGGGUGAUGGACGCGCCGGGGGGGGUGGAGAGCGCAGCGGGGGGGGGGAAACAGCCGCUGAGAUACGUGCUGGCGUUUGCGGGAGGGGGAGCGAAGGAUAUCACGAGAAGGUACGUCUCCCGUUGGUCCACCGUCAUGCCCCUGCGAGUCGAUCCCGACUGGUGGGAAGAAACUCUGCAGCCCUUGCGCCGCCUAGAAGCCGCGGCCACCUCCGGGCGCCCCUUAGCGCAGCUCCCCGCCUCUUCCCCAGGGUUUAAGGAGGGUCUACGCACUUCUUCCGAGUCGCCGUCCACUUCAAACGCGUCCCCCAGUGUAAAAACGCUCGAGUCUGGGGUGACGACACUUGACACUGCAGCCGCAGGGAGCCCCGCCGCGGGGCUGCGCAGCCCGGACGGUGUCAAAGCCGGCGCUUCGUCGAAGAAUCAGAGUGCGAAGAUAGCGGUGCACGACGAGAGGCUGAACGGGGUAUUCACAUCGGUGGACGACGACAGGGCCGCCAGGGAAGACGUGGAGAUGGAAACGCGCACUCUGACGGAGCCGCUCCCGACGAAUCAACAGGCGUAUAAGAGCCAUCACUUGUACGCGCUUGAGCGGUGGCUUACUAAGUAUCAGGUGUUGCAUCCCAAGGGGCCGGUUCUGGGGUAUUGCGCGGGACAGCCAGUGUAUCCGAGAACGAGCGUACAGGUCCUUCACACCGCUGACCGCUGGCUUCGGGAAGGCCGCAAGGUUCAGCGCGGCUCGUUGCCCGUCAAAGUCCUUCGGACGUCCAAGCUGGCGUCAGCGUCCGAGGCCGCGGAGCAGGCGGCGCUGGGGGAGGAAGGCGAGGAGGAGGGCGCCACGUCAGCACUCUUCGGACGCUGGCAGACGGACGCGUGGAGGCCGCCACCCGCGAGAAACGGAAGAGUGCCACGUAACGAGCGCGGCCAGGUGGACGUUUGGGAUGAGAGCUUCCUUCCGAAAGGAACGGUGCACCUGCGUUACCCGCGCAUCCUACAAGUCGCCCGCAUGCUCAAGGUCGAUUACGCGCCCGCAAUGGUCGGGUUCGAGGUGCGGGGAGGGCGGUCCGUACCGAAGUUCGAUGGCAUCGUCAUUUGCAAGGAAUACGAGAGCCAGGUGUUGGACGUAUACUUGGAGGAAGAACAGCGGCUGCACGCGCGCGAGCUGCGGAAGCGCGAGCAGGAAGCGGCGCAGCGCUGGCGACAGCUCCUCAAGGCGGUGGCCCUGCGGCAGCGGCUGCGCACCACCUACGAGCACAACCCCUCCCCUGCGCCGCCCGCGAAUCCACCCCCCCUCAGCGAGAACACCCCCGCACCCCCGAGUACCAGUGGCAAGCCUGCGGACCGUCCGGAUACGGCGGUUGCGGAGGAGCGUCCGAAGCGGGGUCCGAAAAGUCGGGCCGAGGUUGAUGAGCAGCACGAACAUUCGUUCCCCGAGGGAGACCAAAGCUACGAUCCGGACACGGGGGUCCGGAAGAAGCGGUGUCCGUGCGGAUUCGUCCUGAGCGUGGAGGAGAUGUGAUGGGAUCAACGGACCCGUAGGGAGCGCGUAAUAUCAGUACCAGUGUACCAUAAACUCUGAAGCAGAAGGGGUCCAAGGAAGAUUAAGCCUUACAAGCACGUGGCUCUCCUCAUUAGUAGAACAAAGCGAUGGGGAAGAAGCUGGAACAAUCCUCCGGCAGAUGUGCAGCGCAAAUAAUCCUAUGUAUUGAUCUUCGAAGCACAUGUGCAACGCUGGUUGCAGUAGUGAAAUGCGGAUGCCUGUGAUGUUGCUGGUAAACCCGGCCCCACUCAUUGUCGUCUUU